CUAAUGAGCUCUUGACAGCUGUGAAAGUGUAAUCCAGCCGCAGCUCGCGAGGAAGGGGACCGUUAACUCUCUCAAACUGACAGGAUUUUAUCAUGGAUACCACAUUUACUUCAUUAAAAACGGCUGUCGGUGUAGUUUAACGUUAAGUGUGCGGUUUUCCUCCUCUUUAGAUGUGUUUGCGGUGAAGGAGUCGUUAAUAAUGUUCCGUUUGUUCUCGCUGGCGGCGGCGGAGCGCAGCAGACAGAAGCAGCGGCUCGAGCUCAGUCUGGCGGGAAUCUGCGAGCUCGAGCUGCUCAAGCGGCGGCACGAGGCGUUGAUCAUCAGCGCGCUCGCGCUUCACACUCCCGAACCGGAACCGGAGAGUCCGGCGCGGCCGCACGACGACUCGAACCCGAGGUUCCCGCCGCCGGACGCGUCGUGGAGUCUGAUGAAGCUGCUGCAGCAUCAGGUUGGAGAGCUGAAGGUGGACGCAGACAGCUGCGCAGUCGAGCCUCUUACUGACGCUGGAGACGGUCGACACAGCUCAGGUUCUGAACAGACUGAGGGUCCUUGUCUUCUCGGCCCGUCUGACUUCGCCCGCCCCGUCCGGCUCUCUGAGAGACCCAAGUCUGUUGGUGAUGUAUUUGUUGGUCGUGAGCUGAACGGGUCGGUUCGUGCUCCAGUUCCCCGCUCUCUCUCGGCGCCCCAUCCUCCGCUGGAGGGCAUCGGUGAAGAGGAGCCGUGGGUGUGGCAGCCCGGAGACGACGCAGAUGACGAACCCACUGCGGAGGACUACAGACAGGCGCAGCGUGUGGAGACAUACAUCCUGGGCCUGAUCCAGCGCCGCUCACCUCCCGCCAGACCGAACAAACCUCGCACCAGCCUGGGACCCGAAACCAGAGUAAUCAGACAGAGCAGCAUCAGCCGCAAAGAGCCGGCGUACGUCCAGUGGGCCGACGACGAGCAGCAGUGCUCCGUCCGCUAUCCCAGACCGGUGCUCGCCGGGAUUCGCUCCACGUCACUGGAUUUUCCUAGCAGCAGCGAGGCCGAAUCGCCACAACAUGUCUAUCAACACGCACACUCUCCGUCCUCUGACGAGCUGGUGAACGCGCAAUACAUCCCAGCGCAGCCUUGUCGCGCUCAAGCGUACAAAGCUCCGAAAGCCGGACGCUCACCUGAGAGGAAGCCAAGAGCGGCGCUGAAGAAGUGCCGCUUCACGGAGGAAAAGAUCGUGCCGAAGAAGCCCGGCCGGAAAGCCUGCCGCGCCCAAUCAGAGAACAACCUGCGAGGAGUUUCCGAGCGCAAAUACAACACAGCGGAGAGGAAUGUUACGCCCAAAACACGCCGCGGAUCGGGUCACCGCCGCUGGCGCUCCACGCUGGAACUGAGUCAGGACGAAGCUGAGACCGAACAACCAAUCAGACGCUCCCGUAAGCCUCGCCCACCGCCCUGUGUCUACAGCCAGCCGGCACCGCAUAUCCAUACCCGCGAAGACCCGCCGGGAGAGUCCGAGUCCAGCCUGAGCGAGGCCGAAUCGCCCGCCUCCAGCUCGCUGUCCAGUGACUCUGACGAGAGCGGCGGAUUGGUGUGGCCGCAGCAGCUGGCUCCGCCUUCUCCACCCGGAAACACCCUGCAGCCCAAAGCCUUUGUGAAGAUCAAAGCCUCGCAUGCGCUCAAGAAGAAGAUCCUGAGGUUCAGAACCGGGUCACUCAAAGUCAUGACCACCGUAUGAGACACACACACGCACGUCAUUACCACAUGAGCCACACUCACAAAGACACACACAUGCACAAGUCAUGACCACCAUAUGAGCGACAAGCACACACACACGCACUCACUCACUCACGCACUCACACACACACACACACUUAUUCCUGUUGAAUAUCUUGUGUGUUUUGGCUAAUUCAGUUCAGUUUCGUUUUGCUCAACCCUGAUCCCCAGUACGCAGUGAUGUUCAUUCUAGGAUGGAGACACUUUACCGUUUGUUUGGGCAGAAAUAGAGGACGAUAGACUGAGUGCAACUCAACACACCUUUACGACACUCAUGGCGUAAGAUGCUGAAAAAACAGCAGCCAAACAUCUGACGUCCGUCUGCAUUGACCAACACUUUAACAUAUCACAGAUAAACCGAGAUGAAUCACGACAAUGAUGAUGUCACACAUGUAAAUGUCUGUAAAUGUUCCCUGUAUUUAAACCUGUAAAUAAAAACCUCUUCGUAAUGAUA